UCGUACAAGCCGAACUUGAACGCGCACAUGCCCGCCGCCGCCCUCAACGCGGCUGGGAGUGUCCACUCUCCUUCUACCAGCAUGGCGACGUCCUCCCAGUACCGCCAGCUGCUGAGUGACUACGGGCCACCAUCACUCGGGUACACCCAGGGAACUGGGAACAGCCAGGUACCCCAGAGCAAAUACGCGGAGCUGCUGGCCAUCAUUGAAGAGCUGGGAAAAGAGAUCAGACCCACCUACGCCGGGAGCAAGAGCGCCAUGGAGCGCCUGAAGCGAGGCAUCAUUCACGCCAGAGGACUGGUCCGGGAGUGCUUGGCUGAGACGGAACGGAAUGCCCGAUCCUAG